CCAACAUGCAAAACUGAUCUUGGCAGCAGAGUGAUGGAGCGUGAAGUGUUGGUGAUACUGCUGCAGGGACUUGCGUCUGAGUUAGCUUCCCAAGGGCAGCCUGAGCAGGGCACUGCAGUAGUGAAUCCUUGUGGUUUGGAAGGUGUGGGCUGCCACAGAGAGCUGCAGCAAGAGUCACCAACAAAAGUUGGAUCCCAUGUAUUAAAGGAUGUGGACAGCAAGAUACACAAAACUGGAAAUGAAACCUUUGUUCAAGAAAUAAAACAAGAUGAUUCAAAAGAGAUUAUCGACAGUAUUAUAGAAGAAAGCCAGAAAGCACAACAACUAGAUGAUGAUUCUUUAGAUCCUAGAGGAGAAGAUCUGACUGUUCCAACUUCAGAUGCAAAUGCUUGGAUUUCUGGAGCAGGUAUCAUUAAUAGUAUUCCAGAAGUGUUAGCUACUAAAAUACCAUUACAAGAAGACCCUGGAGAACUGGUGUAUCAGAGUGUGUGCAAGGACACUGAGUUGGAGUCUGGGAAGCCUUUGUUUGCUUCUGAGAAACAGGAAACUCCUGAACUAACAAAAGUAACAAAUGCAGCUGACCAUAAAAUGGAUGAAACUGAAGCACAGAAAGAAACAUCCAAAAAUGAGGACUUAACAGACAAGAAAGAGGCCAGUACUUUAGAACAAGUGGCUUCAGAUUUGUCGACCAAAGACCUUUGUACAACAGAAGAAAUGCCUCCAGCAAAGCCCCCCCGGCAGCUCACUGUAGAGCCUGACAUAGUCGCCAGCACAAAGAAGCCUCCUGCCCGGCCAGCCCCGCCACCACGGAAGAAGAAGAGCGAGCUAGAUUUUGAAGUGCAAAAGCCUGGCUUAGAAGUUUCUCGAGAGCACUUCUCAGCUGGUGAUCUUCUAACUCCAAGUACAGUGGCAGAGGGAGUGCCCAAAGAUUCUCAGCCUUCUUUGGACCUGGCAAGUGCAACUAGUGGAGAUAAAAUAGUCACCGCACAGGAAAAUGGAAAAGCAGCCGAUGGCCAAACAGCAAAUGAAGUACUUGGACCACAAAGACCCAGGUCUAAUUCUGGAAGAGAGCUCACAGAUGAGGAAAUUCUAGCCAGUGUAAUGAUAAAAAACCUCGAUACAGGUGAAGAAAUACCCCUGAGUUUGGCAGAAGAGAAGUUGCCAACAGGCAUCAAUCCUCUAACCUUGCAUAUCAUGAGGAGAACUAAAGAAUAUGUCAGUAACGAUGCAGCGCAGUCUGAUGAUGAAGACAAAAUGCAGACCCAGCAAACGGACUCUGAUGGAGGGAGGUUAAAACAGAAAACGACCCAGCUGAAGAAGUUCCUUGGCAAGUCUGUAAAGCGAGCAAAGCACCUUGCUGAGGAGUACGGCGAACGCGCUGUCAACAAAGUGAAGAGUGUUCGAGAUGAAGUCUUCCAUACAGAUCAAGACGAUCCCUCUUCCAGUGAUGAUGAAGGGAUGCCAUAUACAAGACCUGUUAAGUUCAAAGCAGCACAUGGCUUCAAGGGACCUUAUGAUUUUGAACAGAUUAAAGUUGUUCAGGAUCUCAGUGGAGAGCACAUGGGUGCUGUCUGGACAAUGAAGUUUUCUCACUGUGGUCGAUUACUUGCAUCUGCAGGACAGGACAACGUAGUAAGAAUAUGGGUUUUAAAGAAUGCUUUUGACUAUUUCAACAACAUGCGGAUGAAGUACAAUACAGAAGGCCGUGUCUCUCCCUCUCCAUCUCAAGAGAGUCUGAAUUCUUCCAAGUCUGAUACCGAUGCAGGGAUUUGCAGUGGAGUUGAUGAAGACCCAGAUGAUAAAAACGCCCCAUUUCGCCAGCGGCCAUUUUGCAAAUACAAAGGGCAUACAGCAGAUCUUCUUGAUCUUUCCUGGUCUAAAAAUUACUUCUUGCUUUCUUCUUCUAUGGACAAAACUGUGAGAUUAUGGCACAUAUCAAGAAGAGAAUGUCUCUGCUGUUUCCAGCAUAUAGACUUUGUCACUGCUAUAGCAUUCCAUCCAAGGGAUGAUAGGUACUUCUUAAGUGGUUCAUUGGAUGGGAAGCUCCGGCUCUGGAACAUUCCUGACAAGAAGGUGGCAUUAUGGAAUGAAGUAGAUGGGCAGACAAAAUUGAUUACAGCUGCCAACUUCUGCCAGAAUGGCAAAUACGCAGUCAUAGGCACAUACGAUGGGAGAUGCAUCUUCUAUGACACUGAGCACUUGAAGUACCACACACAAAUACAUGUCCGUUCUACCAGAGGCCGAAACAGAGUUGGAAGGAAAAUUACUGGCAUUGAACCCUUGCCUGGGGAAAAUAAGAUACUAGUGACAUCAAACGAUUCCAGGAUCAGAUUGUAUGACCUGAGAGAUCUGUCUUUGUCUAUGAAAUACAAAGGUUAUGUCAACAGCAGCAGCCAAAUCAAAGCUAGCUUUAGCCAUGACUUUACCUACAUCGUAAGUGGUUCAGAAGAUAAAUAUGUGUAUAUCUGGAGUACAUACCAUGACUUGAGCAAGUUCACAUCUGUAAGGAGAGACCGUAAUGACUUCUGGGAAGGCAUUAAAGCUCACAAUGCAGUGGUCACAUCAGCGAUUUUUGCUCCCAAUCCUGGGUUGAUGGUGUCACUGGAAACUUCAGAAAAGCAAGAAGCCGAAAGUAAGGGAGAAGAUUCUGAAACGUCAGACACCAUACCCUCUGGAGCUUUGAAGACAGAUCACACAGAAGUGCUUUUAUCAGCCGACUUCACUGGAGCAAUCAAAGUCUUCAUUAACAAAAAGAAAUAUGUAUCUUAGUUGUUCUGCAAGUGACAGCACAAAGCUAUGGUACUGUGGGAUUCACCCCCCGAAAUAACGCGGGCGAAGCAGAGUAUCUAAUAUAAUAAUGUUACAGGCUGAUUUCUUUUUAAAUCUUUCUUUUAAGGCUACUCAAAUAUUGGGUCCUGGGAAAGCAGCGUCUGCCUUUAACACCUGGGCUUUGUAGAAUAGAGAGGAAUGUCUGAGAAUAAUUCUGCCAAACUUCAGACUCUAAACUUCCU